CCAACAACGGCUUGGCUUACACAACAACAGUCUUUGUCGGUGUUUUCGUUUGAUCACAGUUUGUUAAUAUUAUUUGCUUUGGUUUUGUGUUUUAGCAAAUGGGUAACGUAUUUAAAUUAAUUCGAAACUGGCUUAGUAGUCAGCCAGAUGAUGAUGCCGAAAAUGUAACUCAUUUGGAUCAAAGUAGUUGUAUUUCAACUGAUCCACCAGUUUAUUCUUGGGACAACAAAUCUGAAGUUGAAACAAACCAACUUCGACUGAACCAUUUGAACGAACUGUACAUUUUUCGAAACAUCGUCUAUCAAGGACAACAGUUUAAGAUUGAAAAUUGCUUGCGUUCGCUUAUCCUCGUUACAGGUUUCUUCGACAGCAUUUUUGUCGACGAUUGUAAAGAUUGCAAAAUCAUUUUGGGACCCGUUAAAGGCAGUAUCUUCUUGCGAAACUGCAGUCAUUGCGUUAUAGUGGCGGCUUGCGGACAGCUCAGAACUAGAGACUGUACUGACGUUACCUGCUAUCUGCUUUGCGCAACUCAACCGAGCAUCGAAAUGUCUUCCUUAAUGAAGUUUCAGUGUAUUUCACUCGAUUAUCUGGGAUUACAUGGUCACCUUGCCAACGCUAGACUAAACUCGAUUAUUGUUAAUCGAUGGUCAGAUGUAUUUGAUUUUACGCCUACUUCGUUGGAAACUAACUGGAAAUGUUUGGCGAUUGAAGAUCGUUUUGAGGAUAAUCUAAAUGAAGAAGAACUAAUAUACUGUACCGAUCACCAAAUUGUCUUUGAUCGGACACUUUCAGCCUUACCAUUUGAUCACCCGAUGGUACCCGUUAACCGUAAUUCAUAUGCAGCUUCCGCUGCUCCCAUCGUCUGGGAUAAUUCAGAAAAUUUUUGCAAUUUGUUAGCCUCUAGCCUAAUCCUAAAAAAACGAUAAACUUUUCCUAAAACUAUUACAUGUCUUAUACUUUCAAUAUUCAAAUCAAAACCCCUUAUCCGAAAGUAUUUAAAUUGGUUGUAUUUUUUAAACGUGAUUUUUGUAAGGGAUAUCGCAAAAGAAAUAAUCGUUUCUUUUUUUGUCUUGCAUUAUAUAGGGGGCUAAUAACUAUGGCACGCCAAAAGGAAAAAAAAAGUUCCCUGCUUCAUCAUCUAGUGGUUAGAUUUACAACUAAACGCAAAAAUUUUCUCAUUUAUUACUCCAAAAAACGGAAAUUUUCCCCGCUUCCCGUUUCGUCGAGCCGUGAUUUAUCGGUAACUGCAGUUGAAAAUUGCAGAUUAUCUGAUUAUUGUAAAAAUGUUUUGUGUUUUUGUAGUAAUCUUCAUUCAAACAUUUUUUAUUUCAUCGUCAGCGGAUCCAAUCUGGUAUUUCGGAUCGGCACCAAAUUUGUACCAGUUAUAGAUGUGAAUAUGAAGAACACAUAGUCAAAGAAUGAAACUUGUUCCACGAUCUGUUCAAGAGUUGCAAAUUUUUUCAUUUUAGUUGUUUUCCCUAUUUCUUUGGUGCGCGCGCAACUCCAUCCCUCUCUUCCUCCCUCCCUUCGCUUGGAAAGGGAGCGCGUGCUCCAAAUCAUAGGGAAUAAUAACGAAAUAAAAAAAUUCAUAACUCUUGAACAGGUUGCGGAACAAGUUUCAUUCUUUAGUUCUUCAUACUCACAUCUAUAACUGCUGGUACAAAUUUGGUAUCUCCAUCGCUAGGUGGCUUACAGGAUGAAUGCAGCCACAUAAUAAGACCGGCAUGGCCAAAAAACGAAGAAAUUUCGGGGAAUUUUUUUCCAACAUUUCAAUCGUUAAUAUCACUAAGCUGGGCUUCUAAGCUGGGUGGGAACAAAAAAUGAAAAUGAUUUGAAGAGAUGGGCUAUCCCAUCAUUUUAAAAGUCCAAUUAGAUUAUUUUUAGGUGCAGUAGUUGACGAGAAAACUGCUGCAGAAAAACAAAAACAAAAAAAAAUCUAAAUUUUGGCUACCCCCUCAAAAGUUUUUUUUAAAUAUCUCCAAAACUACAAUAGCUAAGCGAUUGCGGUUUUACCAAUUGACUUAGCGAAAAAUUUAGAACACAACUCAUCUGUUUGUUAAUUUUUAGAACCCCUAGCGAUGUUUUCCGCGUAAUCAAAAACCCCCAAAACGGUCUCUUUGAAUUGCGGACGGCUGGUAUCAAGCAUUUUAAAAGAUAUUUAGUUUUUACUUGCAGGAAAAGGCUGGAGAAGGGGGAGAAAGUCUAACUCAUAUGCCAUCUACCCACCAAACAGCCUAAGUUCUUGUAAAUUGGUGUCUGCAAGUAAGAAGAUUUCAUAAUCAGCUGUUAAUAUCGGCAACAAACAAACACGUGCUGCCUUGCAUGCACUUGUAAACAGAGCAUUAGUAAGAACUUAGGGGGUUUGGUGGAUAGAUGGCACUUGAUUCAAGUUGACUUUCUUUCCCUUCUACGAAAAAUCAAACCUAAUAUUUAUUUUUCCUUAUUUUAAUUACAAAUUUCAACGUAGCUGAACUCGCCUUUAAAAACUCUUAUUUGUUUGUAUUUUUUCAUUAUUUUGCUGUAAAAACGCCUACCCGACAGGUUUUAACACGGUGAGAUUGGACUGUGUCCUUAAUAUAGAGUAGGCCUAGUCCAUGGUUUAUAGGCCAACAGCCAUUUCAGCAACGACACUAGUUUUUAAAAUUUAAUGGCCAUCUUUCUUGUUUAUGCUAGAAGCGCGGAUUUUAAAAAUGUUUCUAGUAAUGAUACUUUAAUGAUUUGUUCCAUUCAAACUGAAAUUUUAUUAUCAUAACAUAAUCACCAAUGUGAAAGAAUUGUAAAUCGAGGCCAAUUUUCUCUUCUUUGCUGGAUAUCAUUGUGUUCUCUAUAAUCUUCUCGGUAUUUUUCUUAGUACAUUUAUCCACUAUACUACAUAAAUAAUUAUGUCCAGUGACUCUUCAAUAUUACAUCAUCGACGCCAUUUAAAACUGGAAUGAAGUGAAACGUAAUGAAGUGAAACGUAAUAUGAGCGGAAUGGGAAAAAAAGUGGGGUCCAUGGAUUUGGUGCGGUUGAGUGGUGGAUUGCUUGUUAAAAUCCUCAAAACUGUGGGGAUUUUGCUAGACUCAAAUAGCAUGUGAAAAGGGAUACUUGAAUUUCUAAAUUCACCCUCACUAUUUAAAAGAUCCAAUGCCAAGAAUAACUGUAAAAACUAGACUAUAACUUUACUAAAUGCUAGAAGAACAAAAUUUAGAACCCUAAGCCUUUUUCAAAAUGUCUUCCUUGUUUGGCGACAUAGCUAAGGCCAAGAG